AUGGCGUCUGCCCAGGCAAAGGCUCAGGAUUAUCUGAGCAUCAUUGACAAGGAGCUCUCCAAAUACCCCGCCCUUAACAACCUCGAGAAGCAGAUUGGUGUUCCCAAGGCCUACGGCGUCGUCGGUGUUGCUGCUCUCUACUUCUUCCUCAUCAUCUUCAACAUUGGUGGCCAGCUCCUCACCAACUUUGCCGGCUUUGUUGUUCCUGGCUACUACUCUCUGGCCGCUUUGUUCUCUCAGUCCAAAGAGGAUGACACUCAGUGGCUGACGUACUGGGUUGUUUUUGCUUUCUUCACCGUCGCCGAGGGCUUCUUCAGCAUUGUUUACUGGUUCCCCUUCUACUUUGUCUUCAAGUUCAUCUUCCUGCUGUGGCUGGCUCUGCCCACUUUCCGCGGCGCUGAGAUCGUUUUCCGAUCCUUCCUUGCUCCUACCCUCGGCCGAUACUUCCAGGGCCCUGGUACUUCUGCUGGUCUCCGCUCCAAGACUGAUGCCUUUGACAAGACUCAGUAAAUUAUGCUAGCUUGAGCUGCUACUUGCACUUGGUCGCAAAGCUCAACCACUUGCUCGCCAAGUCCCGGACCAGGUGCUGUAGACCACAAAGAUGGACAAGAUUGAAUCAACCGAUUAUUGGGAAUAAAAUGGGGUAUCACGGAAUGGCCGGCACAUGCUGGAUUUCCGGAGAGGAAAUAGGUUAUGAGGGACCAAGAGCAUGGGACGCAGAAUUUCGAUAACGCAUGUUUGUCUUAGAAGGUGUCAUGACCUGGAGGUUGUAGGGCGCAAUCAAGUGCUGGUUGGACAAGAGAAUGCACAUGUGACAAUGG